GGUAUCAUUAGUAGCCAUCAUGCCCAUUGAAGUACCAGAAAGCGUGGCCAACAGUGCUGCGUAUCAACAUGUUAAAAAGAUCGAAGUCACAUAUCAGAAGUACUUGGAUCAGUCUGUUCCAUACACCCUCUACAGAUGGAUCGCCUUAGGUGGUGUGCUCUUGAUCUUCUUCGCAAGAAUAGUCUAUGCACAAGGCUGGUACAUCAUAUGCUAUGCGUUGGGUAUCUACUUGUUGAACUUGCUUUUGGCCUUUUUGACCCCUAAGUUUGACCCAUCGUUGGAGCAAGAAAUGAAGAACGAGCUGAUUGAGGAAGGUGUUCAGGAUGAGGAGCCUGAACCAGAAGACGAGGAGUUCAGACCAUUUAUCAGAAGAUUGCCUGAGUUCAAGUUUUGGUACAACGCAGCUCGUGCAACCACUUUGUCGUUAUUUUUGUCCUUCUGGUCUAUAUUCGACAUCCCAGUUUUCUGGCCCAUUUUGUUGAUGUAUUUCAUCAUCUUGUUUACCUUAACCAUGAGGAAACAAAUCCAACACAUGAUCAAGUACAAGUAUCUUCCGUUUGACAUUGGUAAGACCAAGUACAGAAAGUGAACUACUUGAUUUCUGCAAGUGAAGAAGGUUGAUGCCAAUUUUACCACUUCCUGCUUGCGAUAAUGUGCCAAUAUUUAAUAGAAAUAUGUUCAGACAAUCCAGUCUGAUAAAUAACAAUCAGACUGAGAAUCGUCCACCAUCCAUGGCUGCGUGAUCCACGGAUAAUAUCGAGGAAUGCCUUCCACAACACAUAUAGUACCUGUGAGUGUAAUCAAUACCGAAUUUUACUAGCGUAAUUUGUUUUCGUCAACAAUAACUGCAAAUUGUGACUACCCAUUUAUUCUGUUUAGGUUCCAUUUUCGCUCUUUUAUUAUCACUUUUGAACCUAAAAUAUGGUUCCACCAGAUGAAUCAAUAGUAGUUAUCCAUCGCGGAAUCUUAAUGAAGCGGGUACUUUUGAUAGCUAAGCUAUAGAUUACUAA